AUGGCCGCCUCCGAGCCACCACGAGGCUUGCCUCCCGACGAUCGGGUCGAUCUAUACUUGUUCCGCUUCAUGCAGAACCCCGCCGAGGGUCUGUCCCGACUCCAGAGAGGUCUCUCUCUGCAGCUGACUGCUCCUUCAACUCAUCGAGCCAUAAUGGGGGAAGAUGUGACCAUUCCCUGCUCAUUUACAAUCGAUAACCCUCCUAUUGAUCAGAAAUUUCUAGGAAUAUCCUGGUACUUUCAGGGAAAUGAGAUAUUAAGUGUUCAGAAUGCCAACGUCAGAUCAAGAGAUCCUCGCAUAUCGUAUACAGGCCGGGCAGAGAAUGGAACUGCUGAUCUGUCUAUAUCAGACAUCACUAUAACGUAUGGAGGGAUCUAUAGGUGCGCCAUACUGUACACCCCAAAGAAGGAAGAAAAGGAGAUCAGAUUAGAUAUACAAGCUCCGCCACAGAUCACCAUUACAGAAACAUUAGUUGUUAAAAACAGAGAGAGCGUCCUGCGCAGUGUCAUCUCUGGAUUCUACCCGGUGGACAUUGACAUCAAAUGGCUCCGAGAUAGAGAGAUAUUGGCCAAUGUUAUCAUGGAGAUACCUCAGAGAGACCCGGAUGGGACGUACAGUGUGAGGAGCUCAGUAACAAUAACACCCACUGAGGAGGACAGAGAGCGGAUCUUCUCCUGUAGAGUCCAACACGAGUCUCUUACUGCACCUCUCCAAGAGGACUUCCGGCUGGUGUAUGGAGAAAUUCCAAAUGUUCAGAUUACUUCCCAAACAUUCGAGUUGGAUGUGGAGCAGAGUUUGGUGUGUAAUGUUUCUGGGUUUUACCCAGAAUCCAUCACUGUGAACUGGUUCUUGAAUGACACCCUGUUGGAGAAUGCCAAGCUCCAGAGGAUCAGCAGCUCGGCUGUGGAAUCUGUCUAUCACUUCAUCCCAACAGAGCAGAACUGGGGCAUGGAGCUGAGUUGUGUGGUUGAUCAUGCAACCCUCACCACCCCACAUGUGGAGAGACUUCUGGUGCAAGGCAUUGAUCUGAGGGCAAAACAUAAAACCUCUGUUGCAAUUGUCGCUGCAUUGCUGAUCUUAGUACUGGGAACCGUCACGUUUUAUGUGUUAUACAAGAAAGAAAGAAAAAAGAGCUUUCCAAAGGUAAGAGAAAUCACUCGCUCCCCAGGGGGUCUUUUCAGCUUAGAUGUGGAUCAUUUUUACCCAGAAGCUAUUACAGUAUCUUGGGAGGUGAUCCAGCCACCGUCGAGCACACAGCCCCGUCCCAUAGACUCUACUCCUGUAAUGCAUCAGAACCAGGAUGGAACCUUUAAUGUCACCAGCACCAGUGAAAGCCUCAGAGGGAUGAUCUGGGAGGAUGAGCCUUAUGCUGUGCGUGCUUCAGUGACCCACCAAAAACUGAAACGUCUGUCACAUAAAGAAUGGAAAAGCGAUGAUAAAGAUAACAGAGAUUUUCUAGCACAGCCGGAAGUGGAGAUGAUAAAAAUACCAAAAUGGUUUGUCAACCAACAGACACAACUUCAAUGCAGAAUCACACACUUCUACCCCGAUCAGCUGACUGUCAAUUGGUUUAAGAAAGAAAAUGGAAAGGAAGAUUUAAUUUAUAUAGUUGACAAUGAGAGAUACAAGAUUCCCAACCGCAAAUCUCAACUACAGCCGGAUAAAACAUUUACAUAUACAUCGCUUCUAGAGGUCACCCCAUCACUAGAGGAUAGGGGGUCAGAGAUCAUCUGCAGAGUGAGCCAUCCCAGUCUGGAGGGACUAAUAGAAAGGACAACUGGACCAUUACAGGUGCUGGUAAAGCCCAAAGCCCAACAUCCCAUACAACUCCCCAUUAAUGACUCCGGAGACAUGGUGGCAUCUUUCAGCCUUUUCAGCUUUUACCCAGAAGAUAUAAAGGUCACUUGGACAUAUGGACCAACCCAGGAGAAGAAACCAUCACAGGAGACAAUCAGUGAGAAUCCAGAUGGCACAUUUACUGUCACCAGUCAGCGUACAAUUCCUGGAAAUACGAAGGAUUGGCCGAAGCUAUGUAUAGAAAUAGCCAACACGUUAUGGGGGCUCAUACACAUAUCCCCUUCAUCAGGACUUACUAAGGGAGAACGUGUAUCAGGAGUGAGAUGGCCUGGAAUUGGAUAUCACUUUGUCCAGGAUCUUCCAUGGCGUCCACACAUUGGAGAUUUUACUUGCCUUCUCUUGGAUGGGAAAUAUGAAAUAAUGUGCGAGAUCUCCGGAUAUUUCCCUGAUGAUCUGACUGUGAGCUGGUAUAAGAAGAAUGAGGGGGCAGAUGACUUUGUUCCUGUUGGUAAUGACAAUAAAUACCAGACUGCAGUCAGUGAACCCCAGAUACAGCCAGAUCACACCUACAGCUGUACAGCCAGUCUGAUGUUCACCCCAACACUGACAGAAGACCAGAGGUCAGAGUUCAUCUGCAGGGUGCAGCACCCCAGUAUGGAGGAGCCCAUAGAGAGAAGAACAGAUGCAAUAAAAGAGUACACCCAACCUUCUGUUUGUAUAAUUUCAUAG